AUGUCUGGCGAAGAGCCUUUACAACACCCACCUAUCACUACAACCGAUAGGCGCAUAACGCUUCAGGUUGGCGAGCGUCGCUUCGUCACCACUCUCCAAACUCUACAGGAGAGCGGUUUUUUCGCCUCAUUGUUAUCGGGCCGUUGGGAUAAUGCACAGGGAGACGGCUCCUAUUUUGUUGACGCGGAUCCGACCCUCUUUGAGCAUAUCCUACGAUACCUCCGUCGCGGCGUGCUCCCCAUCUUCUACGACAAAGCGAAAGGGCACGACUACGGAAUGUAUUUAGCCCUCCUUGAAGAAGCGAAAUAUCUCGACAUUACGCGACUUGUGGAUUGGCUCGAGAAGAAACAAUAUCUUCAUGCAAUAAAGACGAAGGUCUCGAGUAAAGAGGUAGAAGGGACUGACCAACUUUGUGCGACGCGAGAAAGCAACGUAGAUCUACGAUGGCACCCAACUUGGGUAACUAGGAAGGUAUACAUCUGCCCUCGAAGGAUCUAUGCACAUAGAGGGGACGCGCGUGCGUGUGGAAGAUACUGUAGAAAGGCGCAAGGUGAUGCGGAUGACAUUUAUGAGGAUGAACUGGUGCUGAGAGCGCUGGUAACAGAGAAGCAGGUAAUCUUUGAUGGAAACGCGUGCGUAGAGGGACGUUAGCUACCCUCCUUUCCAUGUAAAAUGGACACCGCCACUGUUUAAUAUGGUGCCGCCAGUGCAUCUCUUUGAGUUACGUCGUGGAAAUGGACAAUCAUCUCUGCAAUGCCUGCACCAAAACCGUGUUGCGAACCGGAUCUGCCUUGGACAGCAUACGAUGGGUUUGAGUUAGGUGGGUGGACUCCUACGCAUGCCUGGACGCC